AUGAGAACUUCAAUUGAUCUGUUGAAUGGCUUCAUAGACAUUACAACAGGUCUCCCUGUGGCUGCCGUGGCAACUCCAUCACGUCUCUCACCUCACGAACAUGUCAAAUCUGUUGUCAAGAUCCUCAGAGAAGGCCGCAUGUCAAUCCUGGACUUUAUCCUUCGAAUUCUCGACCCAUCACAACCUGACUUCAUGUACAACCGUGACUGGAUAUACAACCCUUCUAAAGUGGAGAAAGAGAACUCUGGUGAUGGACAACGUAGUGGUUUCAUCCUCACUGCGGUCGCUUACAUCUCCCUCACUGUCAGCAACGAGAUGGACGCAGUAAAGGAGGCUCUCCAUGGGACACUUGAUUCUGUGACGCUGCAAUUCCUCUCGAUGUGGGACCUCAGCACUACUAUACAAGACAAGGUCACACUGAAAGCACCAAUCUUACAUAGUGAAAAUGUUAUCAGGUCACGUUAUCCUGAGAAUCCGCUCUUGAUCCAAAUUCAAACCCAGUUUUACCAGUCCGUCUAUCGACGGUUUGCCUCAUCAUCAGCAAAAGUGGCGCAAGCUGACAAGGCCUCAGCAAAUGCCGUAAGCCUUGUGUAG